UGCCGGCAUCGAACUGGUAGGAGUGGGAUGGAUUGAGGUUCCCCUCCCCUGGCAACUUCAGUCGAAAGCGCUCUUGAGCUGCUUGGUGAGUCGUCUUGUCUUUUUGGAGGUUCAGCAACAGCCCCCACCAUGCCAUGGCCCCGUCCCAGUGCCAGGCAGCAGACCCAUCUGGCAGCAGGUCCCCUUGCACUCUAUUUUGUGCACAACCAGUGGCUUUCAGAGUGAUGUGACAAAGUAGAGUGGGUGCCACCACCCAAGUUCCCUACAAGCAGGGUGAAGCCGUCACCCCUGGGCACGUGAAAAGCUGCCUGGAGAACAGAGAGGUGGGACGCAAAGCCCAGCACCUGCCGUCCUCCAUUUACCAGUUGAGCAAUCGAGGCAAUGCAUGCCCUGCAAACAUCUCCACCCUGAAACCCAUUGGCAGCACGACAAAUCUGGGCAAGCAGCGCCUGUAAGGAGCCAGACCUCUUCCCUCAUCACAGAACGCAGCCUGGCCACCCAGAGCAUGGCCACUGGUCUGUGGCUGGUGUCCCCAAGGUACAUCCCACCGGGCUGGAGGUGCACGUGGUGCUGCUGACCCAGGAGGGCUCUGAGCACCCCAUCGCAGGAAGAUAGAGCCUCUUCCAGCGGUGCAGAAGGCUCUUAUCACACACCCGCAGCUGGUCGAAGGGAGAGAAGAUGCGGCAGAUCCUGUGAUGCAAACAGGACGGGGGCAUGCAGGAACGUCAGCGGGGAAUUCCCAAAUUCAAGGGUUAAAUGAGGUCACGCGCCUGCCAGCAGGUUCAGGGCAUGGGAGGUCAUCACCAAGAGGAGGGGAGGUGGAGCUCCAGUGGCGUGGUCUCCACAGAGAGGCGAAGGUGCCGGAUUCCCAGCUGUGCUCUCCAGGCCAUCCAGCCCCUCUGGACUCUGAUCUGCCCCUUCGAACACGCUGGAAAGGCUGGUGCAAGCCCAGUCCAGCCGUGAGCUGAUGAGGAGGUCAGGGGAGUGGAGAGCAGAUUGAACACCUUCGGACACAUCCAAACCCUCCUUUCCUGGAGUCAGCCUGCAGGGAACCCUGCCUCCCCUCCUGUUGGUUUUCUGCAGACCUGCUGGUAUCCAGGAUGGAGAGAGAAGAGAGGGAGACCCUGGCCAAUGAGGUGGAGGAGAUGAGUGGAAGAGCCAACAUGACCCUGGACCCAGAUACUGCCAACCCCUUCCUCAUCCUGGCUGGUGACCAGCGAGGCGUGGGACGGGGGGACAAGUGGACUUCGCUGCCCAACAACCCUGAGCGGUUCGACACGGAGCCGUGCGUGCUGGGCAGCCCGGGAUUCGCCGCGGGGAGGCACUGCUGGGACGUGGAGGUGGCUGAGGGGGGAGACUGGUGGGCUGCGGGGGUGGCCCAGGAUUCUGUCAGGAGGAAGGGGGUCCUCAGUUUCACCCCCCAGGAGGGGAUCUGGGCCGUGGGGCAGUGGUUUGGACAAUACCAUGCUUUCACGGACCCUGACUGGACCCCCCUGCGCCUUGCCUGCCUCCCCAGGGCCAUCCAGGUCUGCCUGGACUUCUCAGACAGGCAGGUGGCAUUUGCUGACGCUGAAAACAAAGCUCCAAUCUUUACUUUCUGCCUGGCUUCAUGUCCUGGGGAGAGGCUACGCCCGUGGCUCUGGGUGGGGAUGGACUCGUGGCUCAAGCUGUGCCCCUGACGUGGACGUACCGUUGGGGGAGGUGGGGUUGGAAGGAAGACUGGAAAGGUGAACACCAUCAUCUUGGGUCUUGAUGCUGGAAACUGGGAGGGUCCUGUGUGCUGCUGACUUCUCCUCACAUGGUUCCUCUGGCCACCAGUCGGGAGGACUGGUAGGUCUGGGAGAUGGAUGCCGCCAAAGAGCCUCCUUCAUCCCCUCCACCCCACAGCUGGGACUGCAGAGACAACAGGCAGCACAGAGGUUUGGCGCAUGGAGGAGCUCGGUGCCAGGUGGCCCCAAGGCAGAGAAGUGGCAUUGAGUGCCACAGCACCGCAGAGCUGCUUUCUACAAGGCCAUGAAAAAAUACAGCAAGUUCAAACUCCUUAAAAGGUGCUGGAGUAGUAUCUCUGGCUUUUUUCUAUUAAGCUUAAUGAUUAAGUUAAAAAAAACCCACCAAAAACAACAAAAAAACCCACCAAAAAACCCACCAAAACCCAAACAUGGCUGGAUGCUGGAGCUCAUGAUAACACUUAUCUUCUCCAUACACCCAAGGCCUCUCCUUGCCUUACUUCCAGUUCUCGCUGACAUGUGCGUCAAGCACGCUUCUUACAGCAGAGCACUAGUAAAAGCCACAGGGGCAGCCAAGGAAAGGAAGCAAGAAAUUGGGAAGUGUCUGAAGCCCACAGGCGAGGCGAUUCCCACAGAUCUGCCGUCCUCUGAUCUCCCCCCAUCAAGGUCUCCUUUUCCUCAUAUAGGAUAGACUAGACUAGUUCAGGUGGAAGGGACCUACAACGAUCCUCUAGUCCAACUGCCUGACCAAAAGUUAAAGUUUAUUAUUAAGGACACUGUCCAAAUCCCUCUUGAACACUGACAGACUUGGGGCAUUGACCACCGCUGUUCCAGUGUCUGACCACCCUCUCCCCCCCCGCUAAAGAAAUAUCUCCUCACACCCAGUCUGAACCUCCCCUGGCACAGGUUUGAACCGUUCCCACGUGUCUCGUCCCUGGAUCCCAGGGAGAAGACAUCAGCACCUUCCUCUACCUGUCCCCUCCUCAGGAAGCCGCAGAGAGCCAUGAGGUCGCCCUUCAGCCUCCUCCUCUCCAAACCAGACAAACCCAGAGUGCUCAGCCGCUCCUCACAGGACAUGCCUUUCAGCUGUAGAUCUGCUCUGGAGAACUGGCAUUUUGGGGGAAUGUUCAAAGGACGUGCUAGACCUGGAAAAGGUGGUGGUGGUGGGUCCCCACUCCCAGGGACCUUGCUUUAUCCUCUCCUGCUCAGAGGAGAAGAAAAGGUGAAUGUAGGCAAACGGGAACAUUGCCUGGGCCCAGCCUAGAUUUCUUCUUCUCCAGCCACGUUGCUGGUUGGACCAUCUUAGUGCCAACUCGGUUGUCACCUUUGUGGUGGCAGCUGGGUAGAGGCAACAGCAUUGGUCUCCCCAGUCUACUCCAGUAGCUGGGAAGAGUUGCAGCACUGGGUCAGGCAGAGGUAUCCUGCCCUGGCACUAGGGGAUGGGCUCACCAACCCCUCUGGCGCUGUAUGGGGACAGGUGACAUCCCGUUGCACCUGGGCUCUGCACAUCUGUGGGACCAGCAAUCCAGCAAAGCAACCCAGGGCACCAUCCAAGAAGCCAAUCCCAAAAGCGGGGCCAACUCAUGCUCCUGGCAGAGCACAGAAGAAGGUCAAAUCCUGGUAGGAAUAGACAAGGUCUCCAACCUUCUGUCCACAUCUUGGUGCCAGCACGUCCUCAGCUCCUGGUGCCAAAGCUGACAUCGUGCCUGUGCAGGAGGGAGAGCUUACCCCCACCAGGGCCGUGGCUCUGCAUUUCCAGGAGCACGCUGGGAGGGAGGUGGACAUCCCACAGCUGAAGCACGAUGGCAGCUGGGUACGUGUCCGGAAGAGCUGGAAUCAAACCCUGCAGGAGCACCCAACUCAACAGGUCACCGUGGGCUUCUGGCCACAGGGCAAGGAGAAGGGGUGGGCUUCAUCCUUGAGCAAGCUAUGAUUUUCACAGAUGCUUUUUCACACACACCCCUUUCCAGAGGUUGUAUGAAACAUCCCAUGCAGAGCUUGUGUUUGUGGCAUCGUUUCUCUUCACUGUUCUUUGAAUCCUUCCCCUCUGCUCCAGCCCCCAACUCCCUUUCACAGUCAGCUUCUUCAACAGAAGCAGAUGGAGCCAAUGUGUUCAAAGCCCUUCUGAUCUCUUGGCAAGGUCUUGUGGGAUGGGGUUUUGUUUCACAUUUGUUCGACCAGCAUUUGAACUUCCGUUAUUUAUUAGUU